AUGCUCUCGUUACUACCAUUAUAUGUCCUUGGUGUUGCAUUCGUUGCAUAUGGAAAAUCCGAGUCUGUGUUUAUCUUGCCGAAGCCACUGAAGGUGGAUGGCUAUGAGGACAAUCCAGUCUAUUCGCUCGACGAAAACUUCAAGAUUGAGUGGGAGACGGGCCGCAAAGGACCCUGUAAUCUGUUUGUCUGGCAGUCUUGGCCCAGAGGACCGUUGGAGAAUUACAAAAAGAUACUAGAGAACACAACUGAAACGAGCUUCAUAUGGAACGCCAGCUCGUCAUCCGUCACAACUCAACCAUGGCUAGACAACGAUUCUGAAAUCCCCGUAUUCCACUUUGCGUUGUACUCGUCAGACUUGAAUUUACCUCUAGCCAACUCUGGAGCUUUCAAUAUCUCCAAGUCCACGACUCAAGAUGAUCUCGUACCUACAUACACAGCAUCAACAUCAAGUGAAUCUGCUACAUCUAUAGAAACGGAUUCACCAGCAAUUUCACAUCCAGUGGAAUCUUCUCAAAUACCAGCAACAUCACCACACACUUCUGGAUUAUCGACGGCAGCGCUAGUAGGAAUCUCAGUGGGUGUUACAGCGGUUGGGUUGUCAAUAUCUGGAAUAAUAGGAAUUUUGUUAUGGAGACGAUGCCGUCGGGAUCGCGGUGGUAGCGAAAGCUCAGAUUCCAGCUCUGAAAAACAGGACUUUUCCAAAGCUGAACUGGGCGGGACUCAGAUAUUACAGAUCGGAAGGUCGGAGCUUAACUCUGAUAGAGAGCCCCAGGAACUUUGGGAUACGCAGAAAAUGGCAGAGUUGGGUGAUGAAAAUAAGUUGAAGAUACUUCCUAUAUAA